AGAAAUGAUUAAUUUUUUAAAAUACGUUACUUGUCAGACUAUUUUUUAUUCUGCUGAGAGUGCAUAAAUUGUCUGUUUUCAUUACCUUAUGAAACAUUCACUAAUCAUCCUGAGCUGACCAUUAACCUGCAGCAUUUAACAUAAGUAAAAGGCUAGCAGCUCACUUUCAAUCUAACAUCUUGUGUGCUUUGUGAUAUUUACUAUUAUUCCCUGAGCUUCACUCCAAAUUGGAAGUGUAGCAAUACUUAUUUUCAGGAUGAAGUUUGAGAAUGUGCUGGCAGAGGUAGAUGGCUUUGGGAAAUUCCAGAUAUUGAUCAUCUUCAUGAUAGUAAUUCCUCGUGUGACUUUGCCGUUUAACUUUCUGCUGAACAAUUUCAUUGCGGUUAUUCCCUCUCACCACUGCAACAUCAGCUCUCUGGAAGACAGAGCUGAUUUAAGGAAUUUAUCCCUGGAAGAGAGGCUUGUUGUUAGUAUUCCAGUCCAGGAGGAUGGGACCCCAAGCUCCUGUCAGAUGUAUACAGAGCCUCAGUAUCAUCUGCUGCUCAACUCCUCCAACAUAACUGACCUAACCACAGUGUCAUGCCAGAAUGGAUGGGUGUAUGACAACACAAGCUUCAAAUCCACUCUGGCCACAGAGUGGGAUCUGGUUUGUGAUAAGAGAAGAGUGAACAGAGCCACAGCCACGAUCUUUUUCAUCGGGGUCAUGCUUGGAUCAGCAGUAUUUGGAUAUCUUAGUGACAGGUUUGGCAGGAAAAGAACACUUCUGUUGUCGUAUAUAGUCACCACAGUGUUUGGAUUUGCAAGUGCUUUCUCAUACAACUUCAGCGUUUUUGCUGUCAUGAGGUUCUUCACUGGUUUUGGAAUUUCUGCAAUAAGUAUCAUCACCAUUGUCCUUUGCAUUGAAUGGGUGGACAUCAAGCAUCGAACUGCAGUGGGUGUUUUAAUGAGCAUGGAUUGGAGUGUUUUUACCGCUCUGCUUCCUGUUGUGGCCUAUUUUGUGAAUGACUGGAGGUACCUGACUGCCACAGCAACUGCUCCACUGUUUCUGGCGAUGAUCUGUUGGUGGUGGCUCCCUGAGUCUGCUAGGUGGCUUAUAAGCAAUGGAAAGCUAAACAGUGCUCAUUAUUACCUGAGCAAGUGUGCAAAGGUCAACCACAGAGAGCAGUUCAUGACUGACCUAAAGCCUGAGAUCCUGUCCAAAGUAAUACUUGUGGAAAAUGAAAACAGAAAGUAUUCCUAUUUGGACCUUGUGAAGACUCCCAGAAUGAGGAGACUGACUGUACUUACUGGCAUUGUGUGGUUUGGAGUAGCCUGUACUUAUUAUGGAAUCAGCUUGAAUGUCAGUGGGUUUGGUGUGAACAUUUAUCUCACACAGUUCAUCUACGGUGCAAUUGAAAUCCCAGCAAAAGCAAUUAUUUUUUUCAGCUUGAGCAAAAUAGGUCGAAGGUUGAGUCAGGCCGGAACACUUGUUCUGACUGGACUGUGUAUAAUCUGCAAGAUGUUUCUCCCUCAAGAAAUGGGGAUGAUUAAGACAGUUGUAGGAGCUUUGGGCAAGAUGUUUGCAGAGGCAGCUUUUACUACUGUAUAUCUGUACACAGCAGAGAUCUACCCCACAGUAAUUAGACAAAAUGGAUUGGGUUACAGCUCCUUCAUGGCGCGUUUAGGCGUAUCCGUAUCCCCCCUGAUCAUGCUUCUUGAAGAAGUGUGGCUCCCACUACCAAAUAUUGUUUUCUUCCUGGUGGCUUUUGCUGCAGGGCUGUCAGCUUCUUUUCUUCCUGAGACACAAAACAUCCGUCUACCAGAGACAAUUGAGGACGUGGAACAGACGGGACGAUCAAUCUCCACAUCAGAUGAGAAAUCUCCACCUUAAAAGUUUUCACCAUUGCAACUGAAAAUAUAUGAAAACAGCAGCAGAAACGAGCUAUAAACAAAAUACUGGCAUAUUAUCAAGCUUUAUAAUGUGAAGUUAAAAUAGGAUGUAAAACUAAGAGCAAAGAGCAGAAAAACACCGAAUUGCUCCUUAGAGCUGAGGGCAACUGCAGAGUCAGGUGAUCCUUCUCUUUGCAUUCAUCACUACAAGCAACAGUUUUGCAAGUAACAUGUUAAAUAAAAAAUGAAUUGAUUCCACAAUAAUAAUGUUCCUGUGUUUUGUAAGAAAUACAUUGGGCAAAUGUCAAUAAAUACUUGAAACUAA